AUGUCGCAGAAUUACCAGCAAUACGGUGGGAAUCCCUAUGGUCAGGCCGAAGAAUACGGUGCGCAUUCGAAUCCGUACGGUGGGGGCGCUGGCGGCUAUAGCUCGUCCAACCCAUACGGCGGAGGUUAUGACGAGCCGCAGCAGCAGCUAAAUCCUCCAGCGCCUCUGCAGCGCCAUGGCGAGUCCAAUUACUCGCAGCCGUCGCAAUACUCGCAGGCUGGCGCCUUGAGCCCAGCGCAAACGAAUGGGCAAAACGUCCCUCAUACAGACGUACCCCUCAACGGCUUGCCUGGCCAAGGCAAUACCCUGGAGGCGCCUGGAGCCCAGCCUCUAAGCCGAGAGGACUUCUUCACGCGCAUCGAAGGCGCAAAACAGCGCAUCGGUCAGCUUACUUCGGACAUCCAGGCCAUUGCCAACAUUCACCAGCGCAUGCUCUCGUCGCCCGACAACCGGUCCAGUGCUGAACUCGAGGCCGUUGUAACCAACACGCAGAUCAGGAACACACAAAUCAAGGACGAGAUCAAGUUUUUGGAGAAGGAUGCCUUGCGCGACCCCAAUGACAGGACAAAGAAGUCUCAGGUCGAGGCACUCAAGAGGACCUUUAAGAGCCAGCUUGAGGACUUUCAGAAAGAGGAGUCUGAUUAUUCCAAGAGGUACCGCGAGGCUAUUGGCAGGCAAUACCGUAUCAUCAACCCAGAUGCUACAGAUGCCGAAGUAGAAGAGGUAGCCAAUGCCGACUUGGGCGACGAGGGUAUCUUUACCCAAGCUCUCAAAUCAAACCGCAGCGGCCAAGCAGCAAGCGUCCUCGGCGCCGUCCGCGCCCGCCACAACGACAUCCAGCGCAUCGAAAAGACGAUGAGCGAGCUUGCCCUCCUCUUCACCCAACUCAACGAGCAAGUCAUGUACCAAGAACCGCAGAUUCAGCAAGCCGAGCAGCAAACCGUCCAAGUCAAAGACGAUACCGAAAACGCAAACAAGCAGCUAGAAGAGGGCAUCAAGUCGGCGAGGCGCGCGCGAAAACUCAAAUGGUACAUUCUUCUUACCGUCAUUGCUAUUCUAUGCGUUAUCGCGCUUGUGCUGGGACUCUACUUUGGGUUGAAGAAGAAUUAG